AUGGGAACACCGUUUGUCUCCUUUCUCGAGCCGACCCGGCUAGACGCCUACAUCCGCGGCGCGCCGCAUGACGAGCAGCCGACGGCGAUCCCCAAGGGGUUUUGCGACGCCAUGGAGGUGCGUGAGGCUGUCUUUGUAGAGGAACAAAAGGUGCCCGCCGAGAACGAGUUCGACGCCGACGAUAGUCGUGCGUGCCACUGGGUCGCCUACGCCUCCGUCAACAAGGUCGUCGAGAAGGAGGUCCUCGACGCUGUCGGCAACAUCGUCAAGCCCCGCCGGAGCAGCACGCGCAGCACCCCCAUCGGCACCAUCCGCCUCGUGCCCUUUCCCCACGCCCCGCACCCCAAGAACGGGGGCAUCUACUGGGACGGCGAGCUUAAGGAGGACCCGGACGCGGCGGGGCCGUCGGGGAACACCGCAACAACGACUACGAGUCCGGCCGUUGAGCAGCAGGCUGAGACCGCGGCGGAGCACGUCGGCGAGGAGAGGCGGGUGUCGGUGACCAAGAUCUGCGUACCCGACCGCGCGACGAAGCUACACGACGGGAAGGAGCCCUACGUCAAGCUGGGCCGGCUGGCCGUGAUCCCGGAGUUUAGGGGCCACCGGAUCGCGAGGUUGCUGGUGACAACGGCGCUGGCGUGGCUGCGGGCGCACCCGGGCUACUUCAACCCCAGCAUCAAGGAGAUGGGGCUCGAGCAGAUGGGCGCCGCGAGCGCCGAGGAGAUGCCCAAGUGGAAGGGCCUCGUGUGCGUUCAUGCGCAGGCGGCCGUCGUAGGCGCCUGGGAGAAGUUUGGGUUCCAGGUGGACGAGGAAAUGGGGACCUGGUGGGAGGAGGGGAUCGAGCACAAGGGCAUGUUUAUGCGGCUGGAGUUUGAGGAGGAGACGCCCGUUCUCUGA